AUGGGUAGAGAAGAAAAAUGCAUUCAGAAUACCGGAACUGUGGUGCGAGGGGCCAAAAGGGGUCAGUUCAACGUGUUCAUGCGGCCCAUCGCCGGGAUCCCUGCCACGCAAAAUCUACGAACAACGCUAACACCACUGCUGUGGAUUGAAGAGGGUAUCCAACUGACGGAAGAGUUCACCGACCGGCUGUCCUCUGACCUGCUGUCAACGCUGAGCCUAGUGAACAUCCUGGUGCCGGUGGCGGUGGCCCUCAGCGCCGCGGUCCUGCUGACCGGAAUCACCAUCAUCGCUUGCGUGUGUUGCAAGAGCAAAAAAGCCUGACUGAAUAAACCAUUAUAGAUUUUU